AAAAAAGCAACACCCCCCAGGUUAGAAAGCUCAGCCAAUCAAUAUCCAGACGGCUUGACCCGUCUUGAACCCGUCCUAUAGCCCACACUUGGUUUGUAGUUUGUACCCAUCGGGAUACCCGGCCUGGCCGGUCCGGUCCGAUCCAAUGAAGUCGUGGCCCAAAUUGCAUUUAUUUUAUUAUUUAUAAAUAAGAGUUGCAGUGGAGAAAUUAUCCGAAAAUGGCGAAGACGCUAGCGAUUCGUCCCUACCUGCACUCAAUCUCUCGAGUCAGACUCUUUCGCGGCCCUCUCCCCAUUUUCCAAUCCUCCAACCUCUCUUUUCUCCCUCAGCAUCGUCUCGGCGAUGGUUUCCAGAAGAGGCAGCGGCUUCAAAUUCGAGAUCCUAAAUUCAUGAUGGUGGUGCAGAGAUUCACUACUCGAGCCACUCAUGUAAACGAUCCUGGCUCAAUCGACUCCCCUCUAAUGCAGUCCAUGGAGAAUAAGAUUAAGGAACAUCUAAAUGCAGAAUCAGUCUCUGUAAAAGAUGCUUAUGGGGAUGGCCGACAUGUCAGCAUUGAUGUUAUCUCAUCAGCUUUUGAGGGACAAUCUGCUGUCAAUAGGCAGAGGAUGGUGUACAAAGCCAUAUGGGAGGAACUUCAGAGCACUGUGCAUGCAGUUGACCAGAUGAGUACCAGAACCCCCACCGAAGCAGCAGCAAAGAAGUGAUGGGGCGUUGCUUGAAAGCAUGAGAAUUAGAACCCACACUCCCUCUAAUGAAUUUCAAAUGCAUGAGAACUAGAACCUCUAAUGAAUUCCUUUCUAGAUCUCAAGAAAAUAAACCUAUUUUGCAUGCUAAAUUUUUUCUUCUCUUUCUUUUUCUACUUCUUUUUCCUACUAGCUCUCUUCCUUCCUUUGUGUACUUCAUUUAUCUGAUUUGCAACUGGCGAAAGUCAUUCAACUACUUGAAGGAGCAUGACCACCAAUGGGUAUCUUUCUUUUUUU